GCCAGCCGGUGGGGGAGGGGCCGCUCCCCGCCCGCCGUGCCGGGAGCGGGAGCAGCCAUCCAGGUGACUAAGCUGGCCCACUGGCACUGAGUCACCUGCUGGCCCGGGGGUUUCUUUCUUCUCUUUUGCAUCUGAUUAUUUUGGGAGCUGGAAACUUGGAGCUGCAUCUGAGUCCCGCCCCUUCCAGCCGCCCCUCCCUGCCUUGGGCUCCGAGGAAGAUGGGACCUGCUGAGACUCUGCCACCCCUUCCUGAGGUGAUAGAAGGCGCUGUGGGGGCCGGAAGUGCCAUGGGAGAGACACCAGCCACCGAAGUGCAAUAGCCGAAAUGGUGAUCCGGCUGCCUUGUCCUCCAGAGGUGCCGGGAGAGGAGGGGAGUCUGGUCCAUGCCGACUGGAUUCCUCCCGGGCUGGCUUUGAACUCACCUCCCACGAGAUUUUUCUGUAAAUGAGUGGCUUCUAGGGUCAGAGUGGCAUUUGGAGAGCGAGGCUGGAUUGGCUUAGGCCGACCUGGGCAGGGAGUGGCGCUUCCUGGGCUAGACAAGCACCAGCCUGCAGUGGGGAGCUCGAGGCCCAGCUGCCCGGAGGAGCGGCACGGCCCACAGGACUGGCCGGGAAGGUCCUUAGUCUUCCCUCUCCUGGUGCCUGAGAGCUCUGGCCACUGAAGGGUAAGGAGCCAGGAAGAAGAGGAGGGAGGAAGGCCGCCCGCAGCAGGCACCAUGUUCCGCAAGAAAAAGAAGAAACGCCCUGAGAUCUCAGCCCCACAGAACUUCCAGCACCGCGUCCACACCUCCUUUGACCCUAAAGAAGGCAAGUUUGUGGGCCUCCCCCCUCAAUGGCAGAACAUCCUGGACACUCUCCGGCGCCCCAAGCCCGUGGUGGACCCCUCGCGCAUUACGCGGGUGCAGCUCCAGCCCAUGAAGACUGUGGUGCGGGGCAGCUCUGUGCCCACGGACGGCUACAUCUCGGGGCUGCUCAACGACAUCCAGAAGCUGUCAGUCAUCAGCUCCAACACCCUUCGCGGGCACAGCCCCACCAACCGGCGGCGGGCACAGUCCCUGGGGCUGCUGGGGGAGGAGCACUGGACUGCCGACCCGGACAUGUACCUGCAGAGCCCCCAGUCUGAGCGCACGGACCUCUACCUCAGCUGCAAUGGGGGUGCGCCCGCAGGCCGCCGGCAGGCGCCAUGGCCAGAACCGCAGAGCCCACGGGUCCCGCCCAAUGGGCUGGCCACCAAGGCACAGUCCCUGGGCCCCGCCGAGUUCCAGGGUGCCACACAGCGCUGCCCGCAGCUGGGGGCCUGCCUGCAGAGCACCCCACCAGGCAGGAGUUCCAUGCUUGGGAGCAAGUGGAGGGGCUCCUCUGGGGAGCCCUUAGAAAACCUCCCCGGGACCCCUGGACCCAAGGAUGGGAGGUUCCUGUUUGGUCUGCUCAGCUGGGAGCCAUGGGGGCUGGUUUCCCCGAGCAGAACUGUGGUUUGGCUUCAGCUCCGUUUGAAAACCUUUGCUUGUGGCACCUCCCCAAUUUGGUGUGAUGCCCUGCCUAACCCUGCCCAUGUCUGGGGGUCCCAGCAGCCACCCCCUGUCUCUGGGAAGUUUGCUCCAAACAUUCCCACAGCCAAACCCCUCUCCAUGUCUUUAUUUUUUCCCCUGCAGCCCAACUCCUCAUUCCGGCCACCACAGAAAGACUCCCCCGCAAGCCUGGUGGCCAAGGCCCAGUCAUUGCCUGCAGACCAGCCCAUAGGGACCUUCAGCCCUCUGACCACCUCAGAUACCAGCAGCCCCCAGAAGUCCCUCCGUACAGCCCCAGCCGCCGGCCCUCCUCCGGGCCGGUCUUCCCCUGCUGGUUCCCCCCGCACCCGGCACGCCCAGAUCAGCACCAGCAACCUGUACCUGCCCCAGGACCCCGCAGUAGCCAAGGGUGCCCUGGCCGGUGAGGACACGGGCAUCGUGACGCACGAGCAGUUCAAGGCUGCACUCAGGAUGGUGGUGGACCAGGGCGACCCCCGGCUGCUGCUGGACAGCUACGUGAAGAUUGGCGAGGGCUCCACGGGCAUCGUCUGCCUGGCGCGGGAGAAGCACUCGGGCCGCCAGGUGGCCGUCAAGAUGAUGGACCUCAGGAAGCAGCAGCGCAGGGAGCUGCUCUUUAAUGAGGUGGUGAUCAUGCGGGACUACCAGCACCUCAACGUGGUGGAGAUGUACAAGAGCUACCUGGUGGGCGAGGAGCUGUGGGUGCUCAUGGAGUUCCUGCAGGGCGGGGCCCUCACGGACAUCAUCUCCCAAGUCAGGCUGAACGAGGAGCAGAUCGCCACCGUGUGCGAGGCCGUGCUGCAGGCCCUGGCGUACCUGCACGCCCAGGGCGUCAUACACCGGGACAUCAAGAGCGACUCCAUUCUGCUGACCCUGGAUGGCAGGGUGAAACUGUCAGACUUCGGAUUCUGUGCUCAGAUCAGCAAAGACGUCCCUAAGAGGAAGUCCCUGGUGGGAACGCCCUACUGGAUGGCCCCUGAAGUGAUCUCCAGGUCUCUGUACGCCACCGAGGUGGAUAUCUGGUCUCUGGGCAUCAUGGUGAUUGAGAUGGUGGACGGGGAGCCACCCUACUUCAGCGACUCCCCAGUGCAAGCGAUGAAGAGGCUCCGGGACAGCUCCCCGCCCAAGCUGAAGAAUUCCCACAAGGUUUCCCCAGUGCUGCGAGACUUCCUGGAACGGAUGCUGGUGCGGGACCCCCAGGAGAGAGCCACAGCCCAGGAGCUCCUGGACCAUCCCUUCCUGCUGCAGACUGGGCUCCCCGAGUGCCUGGUCCCCCUGAUCCAGCUCUACCGCAAGCCGACCUCCACCUGCUGAGCCCACCCGAGUGCGCCUGCCGCCUGUGCCCACGGGCAGGGGCACGGGGCAGCCAACUCAUUCUCUCAGUAUUCUCUCCAAAGAUUGAAUGUGAAACUCCCCCCCUCCUGCCCCUCCGCCCACUGGGCCAGGCCGGACCUGCCCCUUAGUCUCUCCCCCUCCCAAGAGAGUCCCCAGUUGCCUUUGGGAUGAUGGAGACCCCUUUUUCAGGAUGACCCUUUGUUAUUUGCACAGGGAUAUUUCUAAGAAACACGGAGACCAGCACUUCUGGCCACGACAGCCAACACAGCAGAAAUGGCUGCUGCGUGUUUUUUUUUUAAGGCAGCAUCCCAGGCCACCCAUGAGGGCAGAGUGCCUGUCUUUACCAGGCUACUUGCUGUCCUCAGCUCCAGUUCCUAACCCUGAUGUUUCAAGAGGGCCAUGGGGGAGGUUUUAUUACCUAAGUCUAUCUAUCUUCCCUGUGUCUGACUUCCUGAAGGCACAGUCCCACCUGCACCUGCUUCCCGACCCGCCUGCACUGCCAACACACAGCACUGUCAUGCACAGCCUGCUCCGAACUAUGAACAGCCUGCCUGUGGGCCAUGGGAGCAGAAGGGACAUUUUCUGGGUGAAAGAGAGAUACUGGGGUUGGUGGUAAAGGUGGUGUCACUUUACAGGAUGCAAGUGCUCGUGUGUGUGUGUGUGUGUGUGUGUGUGUGUGUGUGUGUGUGUGAGAGUGAAGGUCACCCCGAGAGCCUGGCCCCUUCAGUAAGGCUUCCUCAUCCUCUUUCCCACUGAGUUCUGCUCUGAAGAGACCUGCUUCCUUGGCAUGGCUUCCCACCCCUUAAGUCCCGUGUCUCUACCUGACCAGAGAAGAGGUUUGUAUUGAGGCCGACACAUCCGGGGGGCUGGGCAGCUUUCCGAGUUUCUCCCGUACGAUGGAGUCGGAGCCCACGUGUGCAAGGAGGAGGAAAGAAACUUCAUUUUACCUGUUAGCUUCAUCUCAAUCACCAGGACAUCAGGGACCCUUCUUUUCAAAAUCCUGGUCUGGGGGAGGUGAACCAGUUCCCGGGGUUCCAUCAGGUCAAGAGACUGGCACCCCAUUUGUGAAAACCAUCUGCCUCUCACUGCCUCCUUGGGCACCUGUCUCUUGUCCUCCUUCCCUGCGUGCCUUCAGGGCUAUUGUGAGACAGGGACGCCCCGGGAAGCGCUCCAGGUGUCUGGGCCCAAUCUAGAUCAUAUUUUUAGAUUCCUCUGCUCCCUUGUGGCCUAAUUUGGGGCAAAAAAGAAAAGAAAAUUACAAGGACUUUUUUAAAGGUCAGUUUUAAAAACAAAAGCAUCUUCCCUAGAAACUUUUGUGAAUUGUUUGCACUUGUGCCUGUUUUAAAUUAAACUGAGUGUUCAAAACCUCGGA